UGUAGGUCGUGUGAUGCAAGUUGUGUUAACUUUUAGAUACAUGAUGUUAUAAAGUAUAAUAAUUGAAUUGUCUUUCCUACAGUUCUUGUGGACGAAAAAUGCUUCGAUUUUUCAGCAAACGAUUCGGAAAAGGUUCUCAAAGCUUUCGAAGGACAGAAUUGGAUGAAUGUGCAAAAUAUAAUAAAAACGUAAUACCUUGCAAAAUUGUCUUAUUGGACGGCUCUGUUUUGAAUGUUGAAGUUUCGAAAAAAGCCACUGGAGCUGACCUGUGCGAACAAGUAUUUUACCACAUUGACCUUGUUGAAAAAGACUAUUUUGGUCUUCAUUACACAGAUGCCUUUAAUACCUUGCAUUGGCUUGACCCUUCUAAAGAAAUAAAGAAGCAAAUUAAAGGUACAUUACCAUUUGUUUGUCAUUUAGGAGCCAAAUUUUAUUCUUAUGAACCAACUAAUUUAAGAGAGGAAUUAACUAGGUACUUAUUUUUCUUGCAGUUAAAACAUGAUAUUUUAACGGGAAAGUUACCUUGUACAUAUAACACUAUUGUAGAGUUAUCUGCAUUAGCUCUUCAGUCGGAAUGUGGUGACUACGAUGACACUGUGCAUACAUUGGGUUUUGUGUCAGAAUUCCGCUUUGCACCUAAUCAAACUGAAGAGAUGGAAGCUGAUAUUCUGGAACAGUACAAAACAUGCAAGGGCCAAAAUCCUGCUCAAGCUGAACUGAAUUUUUUACAUAAAGUCAAGUGGUUAGAAAUGUAUGGUGUAGAUUUGCAUACAGUUCUGGGUAAAGAUGGUAAUGAGUAUUCCUUAGGGCUCACUCCAACAGGCAUUCUAGUCUUUGAGGGUAAUACCAAAAUAGGUCUGUUUUUUUGGCCAAAAAUUACAAAGCUAAAUUUUAAAAACAAGAAAUUGUCAUUAGUAGUUAUUGAAGAUGAUGAUGAGGGCAAGGAACAAGAACAUACGUUUGUAUUUCGCCUUCACAAUCCCAGAGCUUGCAAACAUUUAUGGAAAUGUGCCAUAGAACAUCAUGCCUUCUUCCGUUUAAAAGGCCCCAUUGUUGAGCAAUCUGCUAAACAAGGUUUUAUACGUAUGGGCUCUCGUUUUAGAUAUAGUGGUCGAACCGAAUUUCAAGUGACCCACCAUAGUCGUGCCAGAAGAACUGUACAGUUUGAGCGAAGACCAAGUCAAAGAUAUUCCCGCCGUCCAAACCAAAAUAUGAACAGUGAGAUCCUGAGACCUAAUAUCAUAUCUGUUGAGCAAAAUUCAGUUGCUGAACAAAAGCCAGUUACUUCUGUUUCAACAUCCUCAGCAGUGACUUCUGUCAGGUCACAUGAUAGCUCAAGUCAAGUGCAGGGGAUCCAAAAGGGGGGCAAAAUUAAUGAGCUGAUUAAGUCAAUUGCCAAAGAUGUCACACUUGCCCCAGAAACAGAUGAUUUUGCUGCUGAUUUUUUGGAUGUAGCAAAACCAGUUGAUACACCACCACUGUCAGAAUCUGAAGUUUUAGCUUGUAAGCUAAAAGCCUUGGAUUCUUCACCUUCUAAGUUAAGGAAAGGAUUUCCAGCCAAAAGUGGAACCUGCAGUUCUUCGACAAAGGAUAUAAAUAUUCUUCCUAACAAUCAGAUGUUACCUAGAAGCGGAGGUGCCAAACCCAUACCUUUAGAUCAAAUGAAAUGCAAUAUUUUGAAGUCAAAUGUCAAUGAAGAGAAAUCUAAAAACAGUGAAAAAUCUUUCAAUGGAGAUUUAGAAGAUAUACAAGCUGUUAAAAAUACAACAGAAAGAUCACAUGCAUUAACCAGUGAUUGUGAUUUGAAAGAAAGAAUAUGCUGUGAUACUUGUAGUAAAACAAAAACUCAUCCCAUCUUCUUAGAAGUUGAUUCAAAGAAACCCUCUUCUCCUUCAUUACAACUCAAAACAAAAUCGAUCAUUAUAGAAGAAAAUCAUAUAUCACCAUGGCAAGUUGCAUCAACUGAUAAAAUUUAUUUGCUAACAACUGAAUUGUGACCACAGUUGAAGA